AUGUCUUUACCUCUCCUGUCAUCUCUUUCUAAAGCUUUCCAGGAGGAGGUAAGAAGGCAGGCAAGUGCCUUUGAAAAGUCUUCCACUGCCUUGUCAGAGGAACCAGUUUACAGUGAUCACCAUUGGCAUCCAAGUCUGUUGCCCAAGGUGUGUAUGCCUGUUAUGAGGGGUCUUGAGAGCAAUCAUGGUUUUACCAGUUUUGAAGAAAACAGUAAUUAUUUCCUUAAAUUCUACCUAUUCACCCCUCCAGUAGGGGCAAAUUACCCUUUAUUUCCAGACCAGGAUGUUAUGCCUUUAAUAGAUCCCUGCUCAGGUUUUGUGAGUCCAGCAGCAGGUGCUGAGUAGCAGCCCAGUGUUGGAAGAGUUAUUGAAUCCCUGGCAGAGAGAGAUAGGAAACCUCACCAGCAUCCCCACCACAGGCUGGAUAUUAAAAAAGCUUACAAAGGAGGUCCUUGGGAUAAUAUGUUUUCUUCCAAAAUGCAACUUCCAAAAUCAACAGAGGAGAUGUUGGCUAAUCCUGUUUCCCAAUGUUUCAAAAAAAGGAGAUACAAUCCCAAACCUAAGAUAAGCCAGGUUGUUGGAGGCUUCUGGAACAGAUUUCAAACAAAUCUUUUACCUCUCCACAGAUAUCAGAAUGUUCUGUCUGCUGAAAAAAAAAAGUGGUUGAUCAAUUUUGUCUUUAAAAGUGUAAGCCAACACUCUCAAACCUGUCAUAUUCCUUUGUAUAUCUGCUGCGUUGGUGCUGUAAAUUUUGAAGACAGUGCUGGUGUAGACUUAAUCCCACUUAACCAUGUGCAAACUUCAAAGCUUUACUACACAAGCACUGCACACACUCCAAAUAUUCCUGGAUACACUGGCAAGGUUCAUUGGUCAGCAACUCACCCGGCAAAUUCUAAUCUUCCAUCAACAGCCCCAUCAGUAAUUGCAGGAAUGCAUGGGUAGGUAUGAGGUAUAUUUCUCAGCUUGUUCAGAAAAAUUACAGGGAAAAUUGUAAUUCCAUUUAUUUAGUUAAAGAACAAUUAAAUGUUACACAUGACAUUCUAUUGGCUUAAAAAACACAGAAAAGUUGGGGUUGGAUCC